AUCCAUUUCGUCAUCACAUGUUGUAGUAAGUGAAAACGCACUUUGUUUUGUUUCUGUUCACAACGUGAUAGGUUUAAAUAAAGAAAGAAGAAAAAGAAAUGGCGUCACAGCAAGAAAGGUCUGAGCUCGACCAUAGGGCAAAGGAAGGAGAAACUGUAGUUCCAGGUGGCACCGGUGGGAAAAGUCUUGAAGCUCAGGAACACCUUGCUGAGGGGAGGAGCCGAGGAGGGCAGACGAGGAAGGAGCAGUUGGGAACUGAAGGCUACCAGGAAAUGGGACGCAAGGGAGGUUUGACCACUGGCGAAGAAGCUGGUGGGGAGCGUGCGCAGCGAGAAGGAAUAGAGAUAGACGAGUCAAAGUAUACCAAGAGCUAAACAAGUUGAGGAAGACAAUAGUCUUUUAAUCCUCUGGUCCUCUUCCCUGUGUUAAUAAAAGGGUCUUUUUCUUUUCCUAUGUGUUUUCAGCUUUCUAGUUUAUAUUAGCUUCAGCUAGGUACUAUUGUAUUGGGGAUCAUGUAGUCUGGGCAGGCCCUAUGUUUGUCUCUUUUGGUUUCAUAUGUUGUGUAGUUCGUCUAAAUUGAAUGUCUAGUUGUCUUUUUAGUAUAGUGAUCUUUUCUACAUGGUUA